GUAAAGGAGUAGAAGAUCUCUCUGAUUCCCAGAUCGAAGUGAAGAGCCCGGAGACGGAGACGCAGUCUGAGGAUGAAGGAAGACGGAUCGGCGGCUUCCCGAGCGUGUAGGUACGCGCUGAAACCAACGCGAGUUAGCAACGAAGACAUUCUUAUCUGCGUAGAUGUGGAUGCGGCAUCGACGAUGGAGAUGAAGACGACGGGAUCAAACGGGAAGCCAUUGAUGAGGUUGGAUUGCAUCAAGCAAGCGAUUCUUCUGUUCGUCAAUUGCAAGCUCUCGAUCAACCCAGAUCACCGAUUUGCUUUUGCUACGCUUUCUGAAUCCGCCACUUGGCUUAAAAAAGACUUCACCAGUGAUGUUGAAUCUGCUGCUUCUGCCUUACGAGGAUUGUCAGCUGUUACCUCAUCCUGUGGUCAAGCAGAUCUCACACUUCUCUUCCAGUUAGCAGCUCACGAAGCCAGAAAAUCUCGAGCACAGGACCGAAUCUUGAGGCUGGUUGUCGUGUACUGCAGACCAUCCGUGAAACCGACCCAUGAUUGGCCUGUGAAUCAAAAGCUCUUCACGUUAGAUGUUAUGCACCUGCACGAUAAGCCCUGUGAAGAAGUGUACGGUUCUCUUGUGGAUACCGUGAGGCGUGUUUCAGAGUACAAAGGGUACAUCUUCGAUAGCGGGCAAGGGCUGGCACGAUCUGUUUUCGAGUCCAUGUCUGUCCUGUUAUCGCAUCCUCAACAACGGUGUGCUCAAGAUGAUCUCGACACUCCCAAGCCUCUGAUAGCCCACCGUUACAUGAAAGAUUCACGUACAAGUGAGAAGAACGGUAAGCCGACAAGGGUCCGGGAGAGGAGAAGUGUCCGAGAGAGGAGACGGCCGAGGAGUGUCCAGGUUCUGCCAGGGCCGAGAGGUUUGGCCAAGGUUCGGGGUUGUGUUAUGUUUUAUGUUUAUCGUUAUUGGUUUUUGGGUGUUUUAUUAUUAUUAUUAGGUCGGGAAUUAAGAAAUAAGUGGGCCUAGAUCUAUUUGUUUCUAUUGGGUUAGAAAACUUAGGAAAUAAAUGGGUCUAAGGGGCCCGAUUAGGGUUUCGGCAUCCGAAUAAAGAAUCGGAGAAAUUUUAUCACAAGAUUUGAG